AGAUGCACUAUGGAGAUGUGCUGGAGUCAUAACAGUUAUGGAGUUUGGGACGAGAAUGCAGCAAUUGAAGGAUCUGGAUGUCAAGGCUUGGGAGUAUCUUGUUGCCAUCAACCUUGCAUAAUGGUUUAAGUCUCAUUUUAGUAGUAGAGCUUUGAGUGACUAUUUUGCUAAUAACUUGAGUGAGUCUUUCAAUUCCAUGAUCUUAGAAGCUAGGGAUAAGCCCAUUUUGGCAAUGUUGGAGUGGAUCAGAGUUAGGUUAAUGACUAGACUCUACAAAAAGAUGAAAGGUAUAGAGAAAUACACUGGAAAAGUGCGUCCUAGUAUUCAAGACAAAUUAGAGAAGUUAAAACAAGAAUCUAUACCUUUCUGUGCUACUCCAUCUGGUAGGUUCACAUAUGAAGUUGAUAAUGCUUGUGAGAGGCAUGUGGUUGACUUGAUAAAAAGAACAUGCAGCUGUUGGAUUUGGGAUUUAACAGGAAUUCCUUACAAACAUGGGAUCUGUGCUAUUUUUAAUAACUUAGAGAAAGUGGAGGGUUAUGUGCAUCCUUGUUACUUGAGAGAGGCAUGUUUUGAAACUUACAAAGAGAUAAUAUAGCCAAUACCUGGCCAAUCUGAGUGGGUUCAAACUAACCAACCUAUUCCAAUUGCCCCUCAUGUGUAUAAACCACCUGACAGAUCACCAAAGCAAAGAAAAAAAUAUCCUGAAGAGCCAAAGAAUCCUUAUAGAGUUUCUAGGAUGAACAAGGGUAUCAAGUGUGGGAAGUGUCAUGAAGAAGGGCACAAUGCAAAAGGGUGCAAGGCUAGCAUCACUGGUGAAACUCCAUGGCAGAGAAGACAAAGACUUGGUAAAGAAAAAGCUGCACAAGGUAGUAAAUCUACAAGAACCAAGCAAACUGCAUCUGGGGCAACACCUCAAAUUGCAUCUCAGCCUGCACCAAGUACUAGAUCUCAGCCUGCAUACCAACCUUUUGGUCACCAUUCAUCUCAACCUGCACCAACCACUAGGCCUACACCAAGUAGUUAACCUCCAGUUGCAUAUAGGGCCAACUGGUUCUCUUCCUCCUCACAACCAAGCUUCCAUACCCCUAGAGAGACAUGUGAUUCCUUACCAUCAUCAUCCCAACCAACAAGUGCCUCUGGGAGCACUACUGGUGUAGCUGGUCAAAGAAGUGGUGGUGGUAUUACUAUGGGGUUCAAUGGCAGAAAGUUUGGUGUAUCAAGGCCACCAAAGUUUCAACCACUUGGUGGA